UUAAAUGUUUUCUCACGCUUCGUAUCUUGUUAAUUUGUUGUCAUGUGUGAUGUGUGUCAACUUGUCGUUGACUUAUUCUAAAUAAUCUGAUAGUGACUUGCGCAGAGUUAAUAUUCAUAUCAGUAGAUAAUAAGUGUUCAAUGAAAUACUUAAUUAGCUGUACAAUCACUAUCUGUUUAGUUAAUUAGAGCUCAAUUUAUUUUAAACAAUGGUUACACAAAUAGAUAUAAAGGGGUUUGAUGAAUUCGAGAAAUACACUGAAACUAUUGAUGCAAAUGGACCGCCUGUUAUAUUUUACUUUAGCGGUUCAAAAUUACCUGAUGGCAAGAGUUGGUGUCCUGACUGCGUGGAAGCUGAACCAAUAGUGAAGGCAUUUUUGAAUGAACUAGAUAAAAAUAUUCUAUUUGUGUAUGUCGAUGUUGGGGAUAGAGAAUAUUGGAAAGACAGAGCAUGUCCAUUCAGAACUGAUACCCGUUCAAAGUUAAUGGUGAUACCGACUAUAAUUAAAUGGAAAGGAGUACAAAGAUUAGAAGGCAGUCAGUGUGGCCAACGGGACUUACUACAAAUGUUAUUUGAAGAUGAUGAUUGAGCAAUUACAAAUACAUUUAUUCAAUAUUAUUAAAAAAAAUUAGCAUGAGUAUGUAUGCAUGGGAUAUUUAAUAUGAUUAUUAAAAUGUACCAAGCAUUUUAUAUUUUGAUGUGAAUAUUUAUUACUAUAUAAGAGUGUAAUCCUUAAUAAAGUAUUUUGAAAAUUA